CAAGCCAUUGCGGGCUACGGGCAAAACAAAAUGGUGGACGGAAGUUCUUGUUGAUUUUAAACUUAAUUUUGAAAAUGCGCUCCGUUUCGUUCGUGGAACACAUAGAGCUCGAUUUCAGCGGCAAUUUGUUCAACGAGGGACUUUUACUAGAGGAUAUCGAUAACGAUGGAAGUAAUGAGCUGGUAUUAGGGAAUGUCAACGGAGAAAUCUUCGUUUUCAAAGGUACUGCAAGCAAACCAUGGAGAGUGUCCAAACAGAAUGGCAUGAUAACUUGUGUUGGUUCUGGAGACUUGUGGAAUAGAGGCAAAAAGGUCCUCGUUGCAAUUACUGCUGAUGGAUGGUGUCAUUUGUUUGAUAUUGAAAGAAAACCAGAAGAUGGGUAUACCAUGAGGCCAUCCUACUCACAGCUCCUGCCGUCCAAUGCCAAAACUCUGCUGAUAGCUGAUAUUGAUGGUGAUGGGUUAUGUGAGAUGGUAACUGGUCACACGGAUAGGGAGGUGUAUGUGCACAGAUGGAUUGCAGAACAACUAACAACAGAAUCAUCACCAGCAAAAGGUGGGGUGGCAAAUGCUCAGACUUAUGAAGAAAUAGGCUCUCCUCUUCCCUUGGAAACCAAUUCACUGCCCAAGCAAAAGCCAAAACCACCUCUAGAUAACAAACAGUUGUCAAAGGAUGAAAAACAGGAAAACAAAGAACCAGAAAACGUGCCAUCAGAACACGAUGAGAUAGAAAUUCCCAGAGGUCAUUUUGCUCAGAUCAAGAGCUGGUCGCUAUACAGUCAGAUCACUUCACUGGUGAUUUACAAGGCUUCCAGAACACAAUACCUACUGGUAUCUCAGCCUGGCGGAACUUUCAUCAACUUGCUGGCAACUGAUAUAUCCAAAACAGAGGACAAACAGGAAGAACAUUCAGCCGGUUUCAAGGCCGACUUCCCUCUGCCUUUUCUCCGCAGCAAACAAAACCAGGGCAUCACCACUACAAUGGUAACCCUUUCCCCUAACCACUCAAGUAACCGUGACAACGACGACCCAGAACUACUAGCCAUAGGCUUACUGGAUGGAGACCUAUCCGUACUCAACCAGAACCGCAUAUUAUGGACACUGCACCUUGAGCAGAACAUCUUUUCCCUCUCUAAGCUCGAUGUGACUUCUGAUGGGUAUGAAGAAAUAAUAGCAUGCGCCUGGGAUGGCUCAACAUAUAUAAUUGACUCUGACCAGAACAUUGUGAAAUUCGAGUUCCGCGAAAAUGUGCUGGCUUUCGGUGCCGGACAUUUCGCUGUAAAUGGUGCCAAUGUACCUUGUCUUGUGUAUGUGACUUUUUCCAAUACUGUGGUGAUAUACUGGAACAUCACACUGUCCAGAUUGACACCAGCAAAUCUUGUCAAAGUUACAAGCGACCAGGAAGAAACCAUUAAUGCCUUGGAAAAGCUUGGGGUUGCGGAGGGAGGACAUAUUGACAAAAAUAAGUUUCAGAAACUUUGCGCUAAUAUUUUAUAUGGAUGACGUAUGAGUCAAUGAGUGCUUGUCCCCAUGAAGCCAUAGCCUGCUGAAGGGGUUUUACGCAGCCUUGGAACGGUAAAGAUGACAAUUGCAUUUAUAAACGUUCUUGUGUUACAGUGCAACCAGUAAAACCGUUAACACCCAAAAUGUUAGUCUUCUUGGCAGCUGCCCGCGUUUGUCAGUCGUGAAAGCACUCCAACGUGGAUGGCUGCAAAGGAGACUACUGAAAUAUGUGUGGAAUGUUUAUUGUCUUCUGAUGAAUCAGAAGAGAGAAUUCAGACACUGAAAGUUGUCGAAACAUGUUUCUAGUUGAGUGUUUGAAUAUCUUGUGAGUGAUUGGUUGGAACAAGCAUUCCAUACAUCCAUGCAUAUUUCCGGUGUUCACGCUUUUACUGCUCGCACUGUAAAAGCCAUUCCUGAGGUCCAGUUAAUAGGUCACUCAUCUUUUCUUAAAUACCAAGAUCAACGGUCUUCUUAAGUAUCAAUAAAGGUGUAUACCAGAGUUAAAUUGA